UCAAAGCUACCUCAUACCUGCAUACAUAAACAGGAGUGUCUUCGCUUUACUAAAAUACUAUAGUGAAUCGGACUAACCUUUGACAUGCUAUACACUUUCGUAAAUCUUUGUUUUAAAGUGAUGUUCGUUAGCCAGUUAGCCCUUAUUUUAUUCUAAUAGAUUGUUCUGGGAACUACUUUUUUUCUGGAGUGCAUGCAUAAUUUUUUAGCGUACCGCGGAAGUAGGCAGAACGAGAGGAAAGUAGGCCAAUUUCAACUUGUGUGCGAGGGCAGCACAGCUCGACUAGUUCUAACACCGUGUGUGAUCUCGACGCAGAUUUGACAAUACCUUUGUUGACUACAUAAUAUCAACAUGGAUUUUCAUUACAUAUUUCUCUCUGUGUUACUUCUUCCAAUCUGUAUUGGCCAAGAUCCUACAGACUUCAAGGUUCAGAUCAUGCCAGUCGUUUCUGUACUUAAUGCUAACCUGAACGAGGGCAAAGGGUUAACUUGUUCUUCUGUACCACCGGGAGAUCUGGAGUGGUUCUUUCAGGACGCUAAGAUAACUUCUACUACUGGAAGAGUGAAAAUAGAAACUUCUGGAAACUUUCUGAGACUUCGGAUAGGUGAUGUUCAAGAAACUGAUGCUGGAGUGUACAAAUGUCGAGGUUCAAAGGGAGAUAAGUCAGAUGAGAGGACAAUAAAUCUUGAAGUGUCCAUUCCUGUGAAGGUUCUGUCUAAACCAGACCAGUUUGGUAUAAUUGACCAAGAUGGAGCUGUAGAGUGUGAUGUUGUGGGUAAGCCUGUGCCAACACUGACCUGGAAGUUUCUCAAUGGCUCUGAUAUACCUAACAGUGACAAGUAUGUGAUAUCUCCCAAUAGACUGACCAUUAAAAAACUAACCAUUGAGGAUGCACAAACUUACAACUGCUAUGUUUAUGUUUUGAGCACUGGGCACCUUGAAGAUUUUCUCAUUAACUAUGAAGUUGUCAAACCACCGGUGAUCAGCUUGCUUCCAACGUUUGAUCCACCAAACCCUAAAGUUGGUGACACUGUUGUAAUCAAAUGCUUAGCUGAUGGUCGACCUAAUCCUGAAUACACUUUCUUCAAAAGUGAUCGAGAUAAGGGAGAGGUGCCAGUCAGUGAAGACAAAGUGAAUAAAGCCAAUGGAAUCCUAACACUAACCGAUGUCCAAAGAGAAGAUGAGGCCACCUACAGGUGUGUGGCCAGCAAUAAAGGUGGAAGUGACACAAAGUCCAACACUCUGGAUGUUCUAAUCCCUCCAGUUAUUACUGACAUAAAUGAUGUCCCAAAUGCCUUUGAGAAUACUGAAGCCAAGUUAAAAUGUGUCGCUGAGGGUGAUCCCAUGCCAGACAUAGAAUGGAAGAAGUUGGAACCUCUUUCAACUGGCUCUCAGGCCAAGGACAUUCAACCUCAAGAAAUUAAAGGAGAUAUGGACAACUUGCCUAAUGCCAUAAUCAAGACACAGUCCAAAACUUUGUUGUUUUCAAAAGUAGUCCCUGAAAAUGCUGGCACUUAUCAGUGCACAGCUUUUAACAGUGUAGGAUCAGUCUCUAAAACUGCCAAAUUAGGAGUACAGUACAAACCCCACUUUAACACUGAUUUCAAACAGACAGAGUUCUGGGGUUGGGGUGGACACAGAGCUAAUCUUACAUGUCAGGCAAGUGCUAACAAUAAGGCUGAAUUGAGUUGGUUCAGACCUGACAGUGAAUUUCCUGAUGACAGAUCAAAAGACAAGCCUAUUACUUCUAUUUACCCUUUUGAAGGCCCUCUGCCAAACACAGUCAACUCUGACUCAUACCUUACUUCAAGUUCUUUGCUGGUUAAUAUCGCAAACAAUGAUGCAACAAAUGACUAUUUGUAUGGGGACUAUCUGUGCAAAGCAACCAAUUCACUUGGUGAUAAUGUCCUUAAGAUUCAGUUGAGAAAAGCCUCUCCCCCAAACCAGCCCAUUGUGAAGAUUGUUGAUACAUUUUCCACCUCGGUCAAAUUAGGAGUGACUACAGUGGAACAACAAGCUGGAGUGGAAGUGACAGAGUACCACUACGCUUUGAAACAAAAUGGCCAGGCACAAUCUGAAGAUGUUGUUAAAGCCAAUUCUGGUGGUGAGACUCAAUUCUCUGUGACAAAUCUCCAGCCUGGUACAUCUUAUACUAUUGAUGUCCAAGCCAAAAGUCCUGUAGGUCUAGGAAGUGCUAAGUCCAUUAUUGUGAAAACCCCUGAUGUGAGCAGGCCGGAGAAACUGACCAUUGAAUCACCACCACUGGGAGAAAGCUCAAAUUCUUACACUGUUCGGUGGGCUACACCAGUUGAUGGUGGUUCAGUUAUUACAAAAUAUAUUAUUAAAUACAGAAAAUGUGAAAUCACUGAAAUGACAACUGACCCAAAGAAAUGGACAGUGAAGCAGUACCUGGCCAAUGAAAACAGUGUCAUUGAAAGUACACAGUCAUCUACCCAAGAAGUUACCAUUCCUAAUCUUGACAGUGAUUCUUACUACGAUAUCAGAGUGACUGCAGUCAAUGACAAAGGAGAAUCAGAUCCUGAGUCAAAAAUUAUAAAGACAAGCAGUCAAACCAAAAUGUCAUCUGGUGCUGGCAUUGUUGAGGACCAGGAUGGAGAUGAUAAUAAAACGGAGAUAGUUGAUGUUGGUGGCAGUGUAAAUAUAAGUAAUGUCACCGAUGGUGAGACUUUAAGUGAAACAUCGGUUGACAAGCCAGCUGACUCGGCUAGUUUGUCAUCAGGUGCAAUCGUCGGUAUAAUAAUUGGCCUCAUUGUUAUCAUCGCCGUUGUGGCCAUUGUUGUGUUUCUGGUGCUGAAGAAGCCUGGAUUAGUGCAAGGACUAAGAGGAAGACUGGGAGGCAAAGCUGGAGAGGAGGAGAGAGGAAAGAAAGAGGAUGGAAAGGAUCCUGCAGAAGAAGAAAAGUUGAUUAAAAAGGAUGACACUGUGAAAGUGGAGAAUGAGUUGGAAGAAUCUAAAAAUGAUGUGAUAGUGGAACAUCCAGAAGAAUUUGAGCCUGACAGUAAACCUGAGCAACCUGAUGCACCACCAGCUCAGAAACCUGCAGCCCUUGAGAAGCCAGAAGAGCUGAAGACCCCUACAGCUACAACAGAAAUUAAGAUAACUCCAGAAACACCAGAAAAACCAGAGAAUGCUGCAGCUUAAACAAAUAAACUUAGUUUGAAGAGCUCUUUUCCAAGGGGAAACAAUCAUUUUUGUAGUUGGCUUUUUUAAAAAAAAAAACUAACCAUGAAAUAUUCAGAUACAUGCUAUUUUAUUUCCACUGAAGGUGUUUUUAUUUUUUUACCAUUUCCUUUCAAAUAACGUGAGAGUUUUAGUACAUUAUGAAUAUUAUUAGUGUUGCUGUCUCAGAGCAGUCUAAAGUUGUUACUUAGUGACUGCUUUUACUAAGAGAUUAUUGCAAGUAAAUCCAAAAUCAAGCAAAUAGCGAAGCAUUUAUUUUAUAUUACAUUUUGCUAAAUUCUGUCCAUUGAAAGAAAAAUUUCCAUAGUUAAAAAAUGUCAUCAAUUCAUUAAAGUAAUUAAAUGAAUAAUUAUCUAGAAAUUAAUUUCUAAUUCUUCAAAUAUGUCACCUAGUUUAGAUCUUGUCUGAGAUCCAUAAAGACUGAAAAAACAGACAUGUUUUGUGCAUCAUCAUGCUGCUAGCUAGGAGUCAGCUUGAGGCCAUUGUCACAUUUAUAUUUUAAACAUAGCACAUUUUGUUUUCAAGAUUUGACUUGCAGGUAUAAAAAUGUAGACAUCAAAGUUAUGGUGCACUAUUUCAAUCAAAUAACUUUGAUCACAAUCUUUAGCAACAAGAUAAACUUUCAUUAUCAACGUUUUUUUUUAUUUUCUCAUUAUUGAAGUGAACUUUUUUUUUCUCAUCCAUUCUGUAUUUCUAUGUCCCAGUAUUUGCUAUUUUCUUGUCUAGACGGGUGUACAAUGUGAUGACGAGACAUUGAUCUCUUGUCUGUUCAAGUUGUAUUCUGUUGAGUUCAGUUGGUUCUUUUCCUCCUUCACAGCUUGUAGCUUUGGAUGCUUGUGGUAGAGCACAAGGAGUUACCUGUUUGUUUUUGAGUAGUGACAAAUUAUUUCCCCCUGAAUCAUUAACUCCACUAAUAGCUAAUUUGCUUCAAAUUUAUUUCUAAUAAUUUUUGUUUAAAGUUUUAUUGUGCCUUUUCUUCAUUAUUUAAUUGCAGUUUAAAAAGGAGCUGAGAAAUGAUAAAUAUUAGUAUUAAACUUGGAGUUUGUAGCCAAAGUUCUCAUUCAGGAAAAGAGCUUCAGGUUCUUGCAUUGUAAUAAAUACGUAGAAGCUAUUUUACUAACUACUGAAGUACCAACAAAAUAUUUUUUUUUAACCAGCUACAUAAGUACUGGUAUGAGAAUAGUAAAGUAAACAUUUUUACUGUAACUUUGUUGUUUUUUUUUUACAUUUCCAACUUAGUCUCUUGGUUAGAUAUUAUGUGCUCAUACCAUUGAUUGUCAGUGUUCUACAAAUUGCAACCAAUUUCCCUCAGUUCCAAGAAACUUAUAUCUAGUGUUAAUUCUUGGAAAAAAGAGACCUGACAGGAGUGAGACAUUAGGGGCUAUUUCCUCACUCAAACACCAAAACAGUAUCGGCAAGACUCUUGUGCUUAGGGUAUACACUGUGACUCAUGUUAAGUCAUAGCUAUGUAGAGAAGAAACAUAUUGGAAUGGUGUUUCCUAAUACAAAUUUGCUUCUACCAAUCAGAUGUAGAAAGAAAAGAGAGGGAGGGGGGGGGGAAACUUCAGCUGUAUAGUAGGUAGAAGUGUUGGGGAACUUACAAUGAAUUAACUAAGACAAAGAAUGGACACCAGGAAUCAAUAUCAAAACUUAAUAUUACAAGCUUAUCUAGUUAGGUAUAGAGAGACAUCUCAUUCCCAAACCCACUUUGAUUGUUUGGCUAAUCAAUGAUGAGUAGAUGAGCCUGUUUAAACCAUGGGAAACAAACCUCAUCUGGUGUCUAUUGUGUACAUUUCAAAAUGUUUUCUUGGUACCAACAUUUUUUUUAAAGCCGUUCGUUAUCCAUCCAACCAGCAGAGUCAUGUGUAUAAGACAGAACAACUGUAUGGUAUAUGUAAUACAGCCAACUCUUUGUGUGUUGUCUUGUGACUCUCAUCUGUCAGAUCCUAUCUCUUUCUGGUACUAGUACUUAACAAUGUGUUGUGUACAUGCUCCUCACUCUAGUAUUUAGCCCAACACUGGUGCAGAGGGACUCUGUGCAAACCUAAUUCAACGGCAGCAAGAAACUGAAAUCUUCACAAUUAGCUGUCAGUUUAGAGCUCUUGUUGUUCUUUUUUUUUUAUCAUUUGAAAUUGACAACUAUAAUGUCUUGGAAAAUUAUUAGAAAAAUUAUUCGUAAAAUAGCCUUUCCUCAUAUUGUAUAUAAGCUAAACCAACAAUAAUUGUGCUCAUAGUAGAGACAGGUGUGCUCAAUAGGUGUUCUUGUUUCAUUUAUAUGUUUUUACAUUCUGCUUUUGUGUGUUGGUAAUUUGAAAUGAUUUGAUUUUACAUCUGUUGAAAUCCUGUUCACAUGAUGGUGGUGAUGUCAUAGCAAAUCCAUUUUUUUUAAAACUCUUUGAAUCUCAUAAUUUUUUUAAUAGCUUUAACAAAAAAAAAAAAACACAACUUUGCUCUUAAACUGAAAGUGAGAAAUUAAAAAAACAAAUUGUUAUUUAUUUUCUCUGAUAAUACACAUUCAUUUAUAUGGUAUCCAUUUUUACUAUCAUGAUUAUUUUAGUACUUUGUAUUAUUUAUUACUAUUUAAAUAUAUAUGUGCUAACAAAUAUGUAUAGUUAGAAGCAACAUUUUUUAUUGCACAGGGUUUCAGAUAUUUUUUAUUUAAAAUGCUUAACUUAUAGAAAGGUUUUUAUAGAUUAUGUAGUUGGGUUUUAUUUUCAUCCAAAUGACCAAUUAAUUAUACAUCUGCCAGUUUUACUGUCCAUUUAACAUUCCACAAACAUUAACUACACACAUGUAGACAUUGUGGCUUUCAUUUGUCUGAGUACAGCUAAUAGACACAGAAGUACAGGCAGAACUGUUAGGUACUGCUUUCACUCAGUUGGUUGAGCUCAAAACAAGGGAGCACUUAUUGCCAACUCAUUUGAUGACACUAACCCAAAACAAUGUUCAUCAUGGAGGUGUAAUAGCAUUUAGCAUGAAUGAACAACAUUUUCAUUCGUUUUACUUCACUGGGGUAGCAUGUCACAAUUGGCAGUCGAGCCAAUUAUGGGCUAUAGCAGAUUAUAAUCCGAGCAUACAAAUAAGCAAAGUGUAUUAUUCAAGAAAAUGGAAUAUAAAAUGAUUGAUCUGUAGGACCACUACCGUUCCAGUGUAGCAUAAAAUUUAACACUAAAAAUACUUGAUCAGAAAAACAUCCUAGCUCUGACAGAUAGCUUGUAAAAGCUAAAAACUUAUGGAUGAGCACUGGCUGGUGAUAUUAAUUUUGCUCACAGAAACUAAAACACCAACUACCAGUUUAAUCUACACUAGACAUAUUUUGUGCAUGUACACCCAUGCAAACACAUGCACCCACUCUCACACACCUAUUAGCAAUGUUAAAUCGUUCUUCAAAUAUAUACCCUUUUUUACAAUUAAGGAUUUUCUAAAUAUUUUAGAUGAUGAUUCCAUAAUGUUCUCAUGUUAGGCCCUAACCCAAUCAAGAUGUAGAACUAGUUUGUUUCUCCAAUGUUGACAUUGUUCUGCUCACACAGAUUAAUACAGAAAACAAUUUUCAAACAAUGAGGCACAACUCAUGAUGUACAUUUCUCUGAUGAAACACUCUUUAUAAAUAUUUUUUUUAACACAUAUUUGCUACUUAGCUACAUAUUAUAUACUGUUAAUAUGAUUUUACUUAUGCUGAAAUGUUGUAUUUUUUUUUUCAAAAGCUUGCUCUGUGAAGUGACAACUAUUAUUUAUAAGCUUACAUAUAACCUAUUGUUGUCGUCUAUGAACAUAGUAAUGCACAUGCCUAUUACGUGCAGAGCUGAGACCUAGAUUUGUUUAUACCAAGCUUCUGCUUUUUUAUUAGGUUGUUAUUGACAGAAGAGGGGAUACAUGUUGUUUUUUUUCAAAUAAUCUCCCCUUGACCAAAAGAUGCUUGACUUUCCAUAUGCUAGUGGUGAUGUUUUGGUACAGUCAGGUUUUUACAAUGAAGAAAAUAAACAACAGCAGAAACUUUUGAUGGAAUGUGUGUAUGCAAAGAAGGACAUGAGAACUUGCCUGACUAUUUGAUAUUAUUUUCUGAUUUUAUUCUACAUCUUCUGCCUUUUAUUCAUGUGCUUAAACUUUUAUAAUAUCCUUUUUUUUUAAAAAAAAACAAUUAGGUCUAAAUGUGAAUGGCAGCGUAACUGAAAAUCGCUCAUUUUUGUUUCAUGUAUACUUCACAAUUUUUUUUGUCUUAAAAUAAUUUUUUUUAUUCAUUUUUUUUUAUUUUGUUACAUAUUCUUUUUUAUUACUUUGUAUUUUUUGUAUGGUACAUUGUGACAGCAAGUUGAAAUUUUUGUUUGUUUGUUUAUUUUCAAUGACAACUACCAAAUGAAUAGAGGACAAAAUGGAACAUCAAAAGAAAACUUUUUAAAAAGAGUCAUAUGUUCAGAUUAGAAGUAGAAUGGUUGGGUCGUCAUGAAUUUUGAACUUCUGAUUUGGUCACUGCCAUCCCCUGAGCUCAUGCAGGCUAUUAGGAGUGGGAUGUAGAACUCUUCAUAUCUGAAGGAACAUCCAAAACUUAUGUAACAAAUCAGAAUCAAGAUCUAUUAACAUUUUUAAUUUUUUUUGUUUCCUUCUUGAUUUUCUUUUAUUGGCUAAACGAAAUGUUAAUUUUUUUAUUUUCUUUCUAUUGAAUAUUAUUUCCAGUAUUUAGGCAAACCUUGUGUACUUUGAUCAUUAUGUAUUCAUUGCUUAUAAUAGAGUCUAUAGUCUUUGGCAAUUACUUCUUCAAUGUGUGCUUGAAACUUAAGAGUAGAUUUGUGAACAGCCCACUAGUUCAGUUCAAUACAUGCUUAGGCCUCUGAGAUUUUUUAUACGCACUUUUGCACUUUUGAUAAUUUUGAUAGAAAGAAAACUGUAUAGGUUUUACUUGACUCAGAGUGGCUGAAUGGUAGACAGCAUUGCUGGAAACAAAUAAUUCCUAGAUUAGAAUAGCAAGAGAUUUUUGUUUUUAAAAUAGUUAGCCCAACUCUGAAUAACAUUUCUGACAUCUGCUUAGGAAAGUAUAAAAUGAUUCUUGUUUUUGGCCACUCUUUACACUAUUGGGCUGUAGACAUCUUGAAAGUUUGAUGUCAGACAUGUCAUAGAGAAAUGUUUAGGAUUUAUAUUUUAGUUUUUUAUUCUAUUACAAAAAAAAAAGGCAUUUAUUGUUAUGUUUAUUAUUUGUCUAUUCACUUGUUAUUGACUUUUACACUGGUCAACUUAUUUGGAGGACAACAUUUUGUUGGUUAUUUGAUUGAGAGGGCAAUAUUUCACUGGCUAACUUGAAGAGGGUUCACCAUUACAUUGUGUCAGUAUUACCAGUAAUUUUUCUAUCUAGUCUCAGUUUAUAUAAUUACACAAAGUUUAUUAUUGUAAUUUUUUUUUUACAAAUGAUUUUAUUUAGUCUAAAUAUGUCCAUGACAAAUUUUGUAUAUUUUAUUUCCCUUAACUACAUUUUGAGCUUUGUGAAGUAAAAUUCAUUUUUUUUUUAAAUUGAAAUCAAUGAGAUUAAAGUUUUGAUUCCAAUGUUUUGUUUUGUAAAAAUUAUGCAUCAACUUUGUAAAAUUGUCUUAUCUUUUUCAAGCAUUUUUACUUUUUAGGAGAUUUGAUGUUCCAUUCUGAUAAUUUAAUUUUUCUUUGUACUUAGGUUUUGUUACAUGAAAAUAACUGUAACACUCUUCAAUUGGGUGACUAGUAUACUUGACACUAUGAAAUACAUUUGGUUGUUGUUUUUCAAUAAUCAUUAAAAACAAUUAUGUCAAUUUUUGGUCUACUUAAAUUUGCUGUCCUACUUAAUGCAAUAAUUUGUUUGAUACAUUUGGUUGACAAUCUAAGCCUAUGAGAUUUUUCUUUGAAAUUUAAACUUAUCUCUCUCUCUCUCUUUCUUUUUUUAUAUAUCACACAAAGUCAAUAUAUGACAUGGCUAGAAUUAUUACAAUGUGAAUUGAACUGUUGCUUUUCUCUUUUGUGUGAAUGAUUUUCAUCUCCCUGAUCUUAAUGUUUAAGUGUUCGUACAAAUAAAAACAAAAAACAAAUAAAAAAUUUAAAAUGUU